AUGGCUGACGACCUUCGCGUGUCCUUCCGUCCUGCGAAUCAACCUGCCAAUGACGCGCCUGCGCCUACUGCCAAGAAUGACCAGGCAGGCAAGUCAGCGCCAGAUCCUGCUCCCAUUGUGGACUGCGCGAAAGAUGCACCCCAGAGCCCAGAACAAGUCUCUGGUGCCGUCACGCCUGGAUCUGCCACAUCGGCGUCCGAAGGAGCAGCCGAGGUCGGAGGUUCGGACGACAAACCCGAGCAGAUUCACGACGACGUCCACAGAAGCCUGUACUUUCGGGACGGCGAGCGACGCAUCGAUUUCAUACUCACCUACGAGAAACUCUAUGAUCACGUGCUGGAAAACCGCCGCGUCACCUUCGAGAGGAACCUGGUGAAGGAAGGACUAGAAUUAGAACUAGAGGACUCCUCGACAUCUUGCGACGGCAAGACGAACUUCCUGAAGAUCCACGCCCCAUGGCCGGUGCUCAUCAGUUAUGCCGAGAAACUUCACCUGCGGAUGCCCAUCAAGAAAAGGGGCAGGGUGGUGCAGUUCCCGACGGUGCAUGUCGAGGAGGGUGAGUGUCCAGCCCUGCCAGACAUUAAAAAGCUCGAAGAAGGCUCGACCGAGAUCGAGGUGGAAGCGAGACAAACGACAAUGGACAACAUGUGGACCAAACUGUGGAUACCGUUUCCGUACGACAAAGCCCUCAUACCGGACGAGAGGCAGUUCUUCACAGCCGAGUUUGUACGCCAGCGGGAGCCCAUGUACCUGAUGCAGUACAAGGACACCGUCUUCUCGCAAGCCAUUCGAAGUCGGAUAGCGUGGGAAGUGCUCAUGAGAGCUCCUUAUGAAGACAAAGAAUCUCACAGAGGCAUACACAAGCUGCUGAAUGACCAGGUCUACUUGGAAGCAUUUCCAUUACAUGACGGACCUCCUGGAAGUGGACCCUUCAAUCCUCUCAGGGAAGUUGCCACCGAGCGCAGGCUUCUUUACAGCGAGUGGGCUCGGCCAGCAGCUUGGUACAAACAGCAACCGUUGGGACUCGUCAGGCGCUAUUUCGGCGAGAAGACCGGCCUCUACUUCGCCUGGCUUGGCUUCUACACGUCCAUGCUCUUUCUACCAGCGGCUGUGGGAGUGCUGACGACGCUCGUCGGUCUCUUCGGAAUGUCCACAAACACGCCAACCACUGAAAUCUGCAACCAAAGCAUCGCCGGUGACUUCAUUAUGUGUCCAGCAUGCAACAGAACCUGUCCUUACUAUUACCUGUACAACAGGUGUACACUUCGCCGGUUCGUCUCCGUUAUCGACAACGGAAGCACCGUCGUGUUUGCAAUAUUUAUGGCUUUCUGGUCGACUACCUUCACUGAGCUCUGGAAGCGUCGUCAGAGCGUCCUGGCAUUGCAGUGGCACGUGCAGGGCGACGUUGAUACGCUCACGUUCUCUUUUACAGCGGUUUUCUUUCCGCAGGACGUGGUGUACCCCGAGUUCGAGGCCCACGCGAAGUUAUACAAGUUGAAUCCAGUGAACAUGAUAUAUGAACCUUAUGUGCCAUUCUGGGAAAAAUCGGCCCGGGUCGCAGCUGCCAACUCUGUAGUGUUGCUUAUGCUGUGCUUGGUGCUGUGCUCCGUGUUCGCCAUCAUCGCCUACCGCAUCAUCACACUCGGGUGGAUGUCGCGGAGGCCCUGGCUGCGGCCCCACGCCCAUGUAAUAGCGACCGUCUCUUCGUCGAUGCUCAAUCUCGUCGUCAUCAUGCUCAUGAACAAGGUCUACAAAAGGCUAGCCACGCAUCUCACUGAAAUAGAGCGCCCACGGACGCAACACGACUACGAGGACAGCUUUACGGUCAAGAUGUUCCUCUUCACAAUCCUCAACACGUACUCUUCGCUCAUCUACAUUGCGUUUUUUAAAGGAAGGCUCGCGUCACACCCAGGAUACCAUGGAACCAUUCUAGGAUACAGCCUGGAUAAGUGCGAAGACGGCUGCCUGUAUGAAGUUACCGUCCAGCUGGCAAUCGUCAUGGUUGGCAAGCAGAUCAUCAACAACAUCAACGAAUUCGCACAACUGCGAAUAUCGAACCGAUGGCGCUCGUGGCAGCGGGACCACGUCAGGCGCAAAGGAGGACUCCGCGCUGGACCGCUGACCCGCUGGGAGGAAGACUACGUGCUGGCAGAGUGGCGGAUGCUGUCGCUCUUCGACGAAUACCUUGAGAUGGCCAUCCAAUUCGGUUUUGUGACGCUGUUCGUGGCCGCCUUCCCACUUGCUCCACUGUUCGCACUACUGAACAACUUCGUGGAGAUCCGCCUGGACGCGUACAAAUACACGUGCCAGCUACGCAGGCCACUUGCGCAGAGGGUGCCCAACAUCGGGGUGUGGCAGGUCAUCUUCGAAGGCAUCUCUAUUCUCGCCGUCAUCUGCAACGCGUUCCAGAUCGCGUACACCAGCGACUUCAUCCCCCGCCUGGUGUACCGCCUCGUUUACAGCAGCGACUACAGUCUGCACGGCUUCGUAAACUUCACCCUGUCGUCUUUCGACACGAGUGAUUUUGACAACGACACGCGCCCGGACAAGGUUACGCUGGACGGCGUCGUCGUCCGAGAGUGCAGGUACAAGGGUUACCGCGAGCCACCCGGUUCGGAGAAGGAAUACGAGCUCACCGCCACCUACUGGUACAUAUUCGCCGCCAGGCUGAUCUUCGUAGUGGUGUUUGAGCACGUGGUCUUCUUCGUGAAGUGGCUCGUGGCCGCGCUCAUACCGGACGUGCCUCGGUCCGUGCAGCAGAGGAUCAGGCGAGAACAGAUUGUGGAGCAGAACCUCAUCGCCGACCUGCACACACGCGAGCGAGCUCGGUCCGGUCGAAGCUCCAAGAAAACCGCCUCAAGCGACGAAAGUGAUCGCCGCUGAACUUCGAAAUCUUCGAAGAUUUUAUGAUAUUUAGGUCACCUCUAAUGAAAGAGAGAGAAAAAAUGAAGAAUGUACUCGCGUAUGAUUCCCACGCCAUAAUGUGUAUUCUUUAUUUUUCAUUACAAUCAUUGAAUCGAAUCCAGAUUAUGCGCAGUAGUAAAGGAAAGGUGC